CGUCCCUCGGCGCGUCUCCCCUGGCUCCUGGCGAGCCGGUCCUGGAGCCUCCAGGUGCAAAAGGGAAAGCGGCGGCGGCGGCGGCGAGAGCGAGAGAGCGAGCGGGUGUCUCUGGGCAGCAGCACCAGUUUUACAACAUUAAUAAGCAGCUAUGGAUCCUGUGUUUACUCCACUGGAAUGCCUGCUUCCCACUGGAAACCUGAAGAUUUGCCUUCUGAUUCUGAACCAGCCUUUCAACAAAGGUCAUUUUCAUCAUCUGUGGAACAGAGCUGUUCUGAGAGCAUGUGCUGAUGGAGGUGCUAAUCGUCUGUAUCAUAUCACAGAAGGAAACCAUGAGAGCUUUUUGCCUGAUUACAUCAGUGGGGACUUUGAUUCUAUUAUGCCUGAAGUAAAGGAGUAUUAUACAGUUAAGGGGUGUGAACUCAUAGAGACCCCAGAUCAAGACUUAACAGACUUCACCAAGUGCCUUCAGAUACUCCAGCGGAAGAUAGAAAAGAACAACUUGCAGAUUGACAUGAUUGUAACGCUGGGUGGACUUGGAGGUCGCUUUGACCAGAUCAUGGCAUCUGUGGAGACACUCUUUCAUGCAGUUAAGAUAACACCCUUUCCGGUCAUAGUUAUUCAGGAGAGUUCCCUAAUAUACUUACUUCAACAUGGAAAGCACAAACUACGUGUAAACACAGGACUAGAAGGCAAGUGGUGCGGCCUCAUUCCCAUUGGGAGCUCUUGCGACUGUGUCACGACAACAGGCUUGAAGUGGAAUCUCAGUGGCUCUCUAAAGGCUCAGGCAGAAGGUCUUUCCAUCACCCGCCACCUGAUCCUUUUAACUGCAGAUGUCAGGGAGUGAACUUGGGACUUUAUGCAUUCAAAGCAGAUGCUCCACCACUGAGCUACAGCCCUUCCUCCAAUAUGGUCUGCCUCUGAGCUAUCGUCCAUCACUGAAAGAAUGGCCAUAGUGGCUAGGAUGAAAGCCAAAUUCACUUCGCACAGCAGCUUAUGUUGAGAGUCACGUUCUCUUCUUAUGAUAACUAAGAUUGUUCUUGCUGCUGCAUCUCCAAUUGAGAUAGACCAAUGUGGUUUAUUUCUCUUUCUUUCUUUUCUUUCCUUCCUUCCUUCCUUCCUUCCUUCCUUCCUUCCUUCCUUCCUUUCUUUCUUUCUUUCUUUCUUUCUUUCUGCAUAAUGUUUUAUUGAAUUUUUUCAUCAUACAAUACAAUAAAGAACAAACUAAUCUAAAAGCAAAAGAGAUGGGAUUACAAAGCCCUCUCCAAGGUGUCUCACACAGAAGGGGGUGGACCCUCCCAGCUUUCACUUGGGAGCUUCUCUUACUUCUCCCAGCCUCCCAGCCUGGGAGAUCUUCUCUUCCCUGCAUCUCACACAGGGCUUUCACCAGCCAGCCAUCACCUUCAUGUACAUAACCUCAUUAAUUCAGAGGGCAUCAAAGAACAAAACAAACCUUAAGCAAAAGCAAAGUAGUUAAAAGAAGAAAAAGAAGGGGGAAAUGAAAAGAAAAAGAGAAGAAAGAAAUAAAGAGGACUUCUGAUUCUCUGUUAAUUGUAUUUACUCCAAAUAUUCAAAGUGCUCCAGGAUGCUAUCCAGCUGUAGUCCAGAAUAAUAUCCAGCUGCUCCUCGUUCUGCUAGAUGAUGUUUCCCAAUCUUAAACCAGACAUCUCAAGUUCAAACAUUUUCCCUUCCACACAUUUCCCUUCCACAAAUGUCAAGAAUAGCCUCCCUCCAGCCCAAUAUAACGACUUUAUCACAAAAGAAUUCCAAAAACCCUUCCUCCAAGCAGCCAAUCAAAAGCUGUGUUUUGGUUUUCAAAUGUUUUCUAAGUCGAAUGGACUUCUGGAACGGAUUCUGUUUGACUUCCAAGGUAUGAUUGUAUUUCAUUGAUCAGUGUUCCAUUAAAAGUCAAAAUAA